AUGGUUACAUGUGUUCUCCACCACGCAGUGAUUACUUACCCCUUUUCCGUGAGAAAUAAAGUCAUCAACCUGGAAACCCAAAGAGCACGCGCCAGAAUCAUUUCUGUUGUGCCUACGCUCCGAACCGCCCCUACACCAGGUGGCUGUGAACCCAUCUUUGGAGGCUUGAGCAUUUUUGGCGAGAGCUUUUUCAACCCGUCGGGAGAGAAGCGACCAUACGCACAUGGAUGGGCGUUUGACACCAGUGGACCGUUCACCGCCACAUACCUGGCUCGCGGCGGUGGUGAUGGUACCGGUCCCGUUGGCCAUAGUGACCCUAUCGAGGACAUUCUAGCAAAGCCCAACGAGAUCGUUGUCCGUAUCGCCUUGGCAGCGCCGAACGCUUCAAGCCCGCUGACCCAGUUCAUCGCUCAAUGA